GGGCAAGGAACAAAGUAGGCGGCGUGUAGUUCACGAACUCGACCCCGAAAACAUCGGUCCAAUUUCAGGCAAGUCAAUCUCUCUCUCUCCACACGCCAUUCGAUUUCUCAGAUUCCUUCUUCUGCCAAAACCUCGACAACGGACGGAGCUUUAAUCUGUGGCCCAUCAUUGUCGUCGUAGAUCACCUCCGUCCCAACUUCUGAAAAAUUGAUGGCAAUGUACAAGCGCUUGGCUGUGUUUGGGGUUGAAUCCGCAGUUUCCUUCGCCAAAUCUCGAGGUCUGAACGCGUCUCAUAGUAUGAUUGAUCGUCGAUUCAAUUCGGAGCCCGUCAAAUCCGACAGAAAGCGCGCCUUUUUGGUUGACACCUUGGCUCUGGUGAGAGGUCUUGAAGCUCAAGGUGUUCCAUCCAAACAAGCUGAGGCGAUAACAUCCGCCAUUACAGAGGUUUUGAACGAUAGUUUGGAGAAUGUCUCUCACUCUUUUGUUUCCAAAUUAGAGAUGGAGAAGAUUAAGAUGAUUGAAGAAUCGAAUCUUUCAAAAUUCAAAUCUGAAGUAAAAAGCUCACAGGAGCAUCAUAUUUCUACUCUGCAACGUGAGACAGAAAAAUUAAGGGGCGAUAUAGAGAAAAUGCGAAGUGAACUAAGGUACGAAAUUGACAAGGCUAGUGCCGGCCAACGUUUGGAUUUGAAUCUUGAAAGAAGUCGAAUACGAGAAGAACUAGCAGAUCAGAAUGCAGUGACAAUGAACCUCACAAACACGCUUGAUCGAGAAAUUCAUGCCUUGAGAGCCCAACUGGAAGCCGCAAAGUAUGAUGUUAUCAAAUACUGCAUAGGUACUCUUGUGUCUAUAUCCGCAGUUGGACUGGCCGUUGUUCGCAUCCUGUUGUAGGGUAUGUUUCAUUAUCUUGUGUAGGGGAUUCUCUCAUCCUAGGAUUCUUUUACAGAACUUGCACGCUUCUUUUCUCGGGCAAGCUUGGUUUUGUAUUGUGCACCUUUGGCUUAUUACAUCUGAUCAACUAUAUAAUAUUUUCAAGUGUUUUUUUUUGUUUUUCUUUUUGAUAAUGGUGAUGCCUAGGUGGGGCUCUAACUGUGAUUGUGGAAAAACACUUUGGAGCCCGUUUAUCU